AUGGACUUCGACGUGGAGAACCGCACGUCCUUGCACAACUCGGCGACCAGGAACAACCUCCGCAACACGAGCGAGGAUAUGACCAGGCGCGUGAUGACGGUCGUGGCCCCGGGCAUGUGCCCCGAGUGCUACAUGGUCACCGUCAUGCUCGUCAACUCGAAGGCGUACGCGGACAGGGUCAUGGUCACGAACGAGUCCAUGCGGCUGAACACGAAGCGCCCUACGCACACGUUCGAAAACCACUACAUGACCGUGAAUAUGAUCGUGCGUAGCGUCGAGGACGACAGGUCGUUCCUGAUCAGGAGGGUGGUCAUCUCCGGCUCCACCAUCACGCGGGCGCCCAUGGUCGUGGCAUGCGAGUGGAUCGAGGUCAAGCUCGAGAACGUCUUCACCCUCGCCUGCAGAUCGGAGGACCUGACAACGGUCACCGGCUGCACCAUGACGGCGUACAUGAUCCCAUUCGGGUUCGCGACCGGGAACGAGCAGAGGUACAGCGACGCCGCCAUGGUCAACUCCGAGGUCUGCAGCGGGGACAAGAGCGCCGAUGACGUGGCGAACUACUGCCUGGACAGGAUCAAGGGCAGGCGCGGCAUCCUGAGGAAGCAGUGCAACUCGACCAGGCCGCCAAACACGAUGAGAUUUGCCUUCGACAAGGGCGUGUUCCUGUUCAUGUCCGAGGACGGCAAGUUCAGCACGGUCAAGUUGCGGGAGGAGGACUUGGUGAUGUACGGGUGGGAAUAUGUACGACACCUUGACGCUGAAGCCGCGGAACUGGAGGGUGAUGGGCAUGACCACGUCAGCGGCACGUACUGGCGCUGA